GUUACUCUGUAGUUAUAACGCAUAUAUAAGGCAUCGGGACAACUGGUCUCACAGAACCCAGGAACCAAGAAAAACAGUGAAUUCUGUAGAUGACAUCUGAAGAGUCUGGGCCAGAGAAACAGGAGAGGAUGGACUCUCCUACACCCAGCUGUGUGUCCAUGAAGAGUGACUGGUCCAUGGGGUUACCACUUGAAUUUAAAGGACAACAUUCUUCUGAAACUAAGCCAGAGAAACAGGAGAGGACAGACUCUCCUACACCCAGCUGUGUGUCCAUGAAGAGUGACUGGUCCAUGGGGCUACCAUUUCAAUUUAAAGGACAAUGUUCUUCUGAAACUAAGCCAGAGAAACAGGAGAGGACGGAUUCUCCUACACCCAGCUGUGUGUCCAUGAAGAGUGACUGGUCCAUGGGGCUACCACUUGAAUUUAAAGGACAACGUUUUUCUGAAACUAAGCCAGAGAAACAUGAGAGGACGGACUCUCCUACACCCAGCUGUGUGUCCAUGAAGAGUGACUCAUUCAAGACUGAACCUGUCUCUUUUGAAAAGAAAAAUGCUUCAGAAACUAAGGUUCAGCAGAGUGCAGAGGAUCCCAGGGUUCAGUCUACUCAGGAGCAACAAAUGCAUCUGGACUCUAUAUUUAUGAUUCUUAAAGAGAACAUUGUCAGCUUUGUGACCGAUGAGUUGAAGAAUUUUCAGCAUCUUCUGAGUCUGGACCAAGAAACCUUAAAGAGCCAGAGGGAGAAAGACGAGGUGGAUGGUGAAGAGAAAGGACAGAGGAGCAUCAUCAGAAAGGCUUUUCUGAACAUCACCCUGCACUACAUGAGGAAAAUAAAACAAGAGGAGCUGGCUGACUGUCUGCUGAGUAGAACUUCUUCUGGACUGUGUCAACAUGAACUCAAAUCAAAUCUAAAGAAGAAGUUCCAGUGUGUGUUUGAGGGGAUUGCUAAAGCAGGAAACUCAUCCUUUCUGAAUCAGAUCUACACAGAACUUGACAUCACAGAGGGAGAAUCAUCAGAGGUUAAUGAUGAACACGAGGUCAGACAGGUUGAAGCAGCUUCCAGGAAGAAAGAUGAACUGGAAAAUAGAAUCAAAUGUGAAAACAUCUUCAAACCAUCAGCUCACAGAGAUGAACCAAUCAGAACAGUGAUGACAAAGGGAGUGGCUGGCAUUGGGAAAACAGUCUUAACACAGAAGUUCACUCUGGACUGGGCUGAAGACAAAGCCAACCAGGACAUCCUCUUCAUAUUUCCAUUCACUUUCAGAGAGUUGAAUGUGAUGAAAGAGAGAAAGUUCAGCUUGUUGGAACUUGUUCAUCACUUCUUUAGUGAAACCAAAGAAGUAGGAAUCUGCAGCUUUGAAGAGUUCCAGGUUGUGUUCAUCUUUGACGGUCUGGAUGAGUGUCGACUUCCUCUGGACUUCCACAACACUGAGAUCCUGACUGAUGUCACAGAGUCCACCUCAGUGGAUGUGCUGCUGAUAAACCUCAUCAGGGGGAAACUGCUUCCCUCUGCUCGCCUCUGGAUAACCACACGACCUGCAGCAGCCAAUCAGAUCCCUCCUGAGUGUGUUGACAUGGUGACAGAAGUCAGAGGGUUCACUGACCCCCAGAAGGAGGAGUACUUCAGGAAGAGGUUCAGAGAUGAGGAGCAGGCCAGCAGCAUCAUCUCCCACAUCAAGACAUCACGAAGCCUCCACAUCAUGUGUCACAUCCCAGUCUUCUGCUGGAUCACUGCUACAGUUCUGGAGGAUGAGUUGGAAACCAGAGAGGGAGGAGAGCUGCCCAAGACCCUGACUGAGAUGUACAUCCACUUCCUGGUGGUUCAGACCAAAGUGAAGAAGGUCAAGUAUGAUGGAGGAUCUGAGACAGAUCCACUCUGGAGUCCAGAGAGCAGAAAGAUGAUUGAGUCUCUGGGAAAACUGGCUUUUGAUCAGCUGCUGAAAGGAAACCUGAUCUUCUAUGAAUCAGACCUGACAGAGUGUGGCAUUGAUAUCAGAGCAGCCUCAGUGUACUCAGGAGUGUUCACACAGAUCUUUAAAGAGGAGAGAGGCCUGUACCAGGACAAGAUGUUCUGCUUCAUCCAUUUGAGUGUUCAGGAGUUUCUGGCUGCUCUCUAUGUUCAUAUGACAUUCAUUAAUCAUGAUGUCAAUCUGCUUGGAAAAGCUCAAACAUCAUCUCUGAAAUACAACACGUUAAAAACUGAACCUGACCUGGAUCGUCUCCACCAGUGUGCUGUGGAUAAGGCCUUACAGAGUCCAAAUGGACACCUGGAUCUGUUCCUGCGCUUUCUCCUCGGUCUUUCACUCCAAACCUGUCAGAGUCUUCUACGCGGACUGGUGAGAGAGGGAAGAAACAAAGAAAACUCUGUAAUACAUACAGUGAAUUACAUCAAGAAGAAGAUCAGUGUGGAUCUUCCUCCAGAGAAAAGCCUUAAUCUCUUCCACUGUCUGAAUGAACUGAAAGAUGAAUCACUAACAGAGGAGAUCCAACAGUACCUGAGUUCAGGAAGACUCACCAGAAAUAAUCUCUCUCCUGCUCAGUGGUCAGCUCUGGUCUUUACGUUACUGUCAUCAGAAGAAGAUCUGGAUGUGUUUAACUGGAAGAAGUUUUCUGCUCCAGAAGAUGCUCUGCUCAGGAUGCUGCCAGUCAUCAAGGCCUCCAGAAGAGCUCUGUUGAGUGAUUGUAACCUGUCAGAGAGAAGCUGUGAAGCUCUGGCCUCAGUUCUCAGCUCCCAGUCCUCUUGUCUGAGAGAAUUGGACCUGAGUGGUAACAAUCUGAAGGAUUCAGGAGUGAAGCAUCUUUCUCAUGGACUGAAGAGUCCACACUGUCUACUGGAAACUCUCAGUUUGUCAGGUUGUCAGGUCACUAAGGAGGGCUGUUCUUUUCUGGCCUCGGCUCUGACCUCUAACCCCUCCCAUCUGAGAGAACUGGACCUGAGCUACAAUCAUCUAGGAGACUCAGGAGUGAAGCUUCUGUCUGGUAUAAAAGAGAAUCCAGACUGGAGACUGGACACACUCAAGGUGGACCAUGGUGGAGAGCAGAGAAUGAAACCUGGUCCGAGAAAGUAUGCUUGUAAACUCUCACUGGAUCCAGACACAGCUAACAGGGACCUCCUGCUGUCUGACAACAACGCAAAGGCAAAGGUACUAAAAGAGAAUCAGACACAUCAAGUUGCUCCAGAGACAUUUGACCACUUUCAGGUUCUGUGUGAAGAUGCACUGACUGAUUGCUCUUACUGGGAGGUUGAGUGGGAGGGAAAUGUGCUUGUAGGAGUGACGGAUAAGAAGCUCAGAAGGAAAGAAAAGGAUGAAGAGUAUUGUUCUGGGAGGAACAGUCAGUCCUGGACUCUGCAGUGCUCUGAGAAGGGUUACUCUGUCUGUCACAAUAAAACAGAAAUAGGGCUUCCAUUCUUGUUCUCCUGUGCAUCUAACAGAGUAGCAGUGUAUGUGAACUACUCUGCUGGAACCAUCUCCUUCUAUGAAGUCUUUAAUGAACAACUACUUUUUCUCUACACCUUCCACUCCACAUUCACUGACCCUCUCUACCCUGGAUUUGGGAUUGGGGUCAACUCCUCUGUGUCUAUUUGUGAGCUAUAGACAAAUAAGAAACACACUGUUGACUGAAUGCAGUUGCUGAGGGAGCAGUUUAAGAACCUUUAAGAAGUCUCCACGACCUUGUAAUUGUAAAUCAGCCAUCAUCUGACCCUGAAGGACAGUUUAUCAUAACAAAUAUAUCAGUCUAAUCAACUUGCCAACUUAACUGCGGUGUCACGAUGCUUUAAGCAUCGUGUCAAGUAGUCACUGAUAAUGUCACAAUAAGAACAUGGAUAACUCCUAGAAGACAGGUGAGGAAACCAGUGGGUCAUUGCAACAAACUAGUAGCAAUACAUCAAGCAUCUGAAAAGGGAAAUGCUAGCCCUGGUAACAGAGAGAAGGAGGCUGCACAUCAACUAUUAGGGUUGGGGUUAGUGUUAGAUUUUUUAAGGCAGUACACAGAGAAAACUUCAGGAAAAACAAUGCUUUUUCUAACCCUAACCCUACUGAACCCUAACCCUGCUGUGAAGUACUAUCAAAUUCAGUAUUCAUAAGCUCAAAUGUUUAUGUUCACUUCUAAUUCUAUGCAUUCAUUCGUUCACACAGUCACACCCUGGUGGUGGUAAACUACCUCAGUAGGCACCAGGAAGAGAUAUGGAUAGGUUAAGUGUCUUUCCCAAGGACACAAUGGAUAGACUAGGAAUAGGGUGGAAUCGAAAUGCCAACCUUUCGGUUACUGGACGACCACUAUACCUCCUGAGCUACUGCUGCCGAAGUUGUUCUUAUGCUAUAAUAACCCACUGGAACAAAUAAAUGAAUUAAAUACUUAAAGCAACUUAUUAUUGGUUUUGGUAGUUUGAGAGUUUUUCCUGAUCAAUCCGAAACACUCAUUCAUACAUUAUUAACAGUGAUCAUACUUCAGUAAAAGUGUUUUAUCAAACGUAAAACAACGCAGUUGGAAUAAUAUAGUUUUUACCUCUUCUCAAUGUGGUUUGUAUCAAUAUGUGUAAGAGGAAUGUGUCUGAAAACAAAAUUAUUCUUGAAGUUGAAGUUUUACAACUUUUACAUUUGAUUUGUAUUCUAAUCAAUUUCUAUACAUAAAUAACUCUAUUUAACAUGUAUACAUAAUAACAUUUUAUAUUGUACAUGUAUGUACAGUGUCUUUUUUGCUCUUUUGCAAGUCAGAAGUCAAAACCUAUUUCUUUAUAAAAUGUUAUAUUGAUCAAUUAACUGCUCUUUUCUGUUGUAAAUGCUUUCUAUGUUACACUGUCUACCUGGAAGUAUUCAUUCAAUAAUAAAGAUGGAGACUUAAGUAAA